GAGAAUUUCACGUGUCUAUGCAGAAUUAAGCAGCUCUUUAAUGGCGUCUUCUUCCACCAGCUCCCUCAAUCUCCACUCUCUCCCCAAGGCUUCUUCUGGGUUGAGCCAAUGGAGGAGUGGGUUCCGGUACGAAUUGUUGGGUAGCUCCGUUUCUAGGAACCGAUUGGUUGUUUCUCCGGUGGUGAUUCUUCACCGAAGUCCGAGACUUCCUGCGAUCAAAGCGGCGUAUAACUCAGAUGGAGGCUCGAAGCGUAGUAGGGUUUAUAAGGAGUCACAAGCGGCUAGUGGUUUCCCUAAUGCUAAACUGCAGCAGAUUGCGUCUUCAGUCUUGCCCUUAGGCUCAUUUGCUGUCGUCACUUUCGUUUUGUGGAAAGUGGUUGAGAAGUUCAUGUCGCCAAAGUCUCCAAAGACUUCUGCUGGAGAAAGCAAAUCGCCUACACAGGGAGUGAAAUGGUCGAUUGGGGCCGGUACAAAUUUGUUACAAGGAUUUGCUGCUAAGGUUGAUAGAGAGGCCAAACAGAGGCUUAAUGAAUUUGCAAAAGAACUCAGGUCGUUCAGAAGUGUUGACAUGUCAGGAUGCAACUUUGGAGAUGAAGGAUUAUUCUUUCUAGCGGAAAGCCUUGGGUAUAAUCAGACUGUAGAGGAAGUCAGUUUUUCUGCAAAUGGAAUUACAGCUGCAGGAGUUAAAGCCUUCGACGGUGUUCUUCAAUCAAAUAUUAUGUUGAAAGUUCUUAAUCUCUCUGGAAACCCUAUCGGUGAUGAAGGAGCUAAGACUUUAUGCGCUACACUGAUGGAAAAUUCUAGCAUCGAGAUACUUCAGCUGAACAGUACUGAUAUAGGAGAUGAGGGUGCAAAGGAAAUUGCAGAGUUGUUGAAGAGAAAUUCAACCUUGAGGAUUAUUGAGCUGAAUAAUAACAUGAUUGACUAUUCUGGAUUCACAAGUCUUGCUGGAGCUCUUCUUGAGAAUAAUACAAUACGCAAUUUACAUCUCAAUGGAAAUUACGGUGGUGCUUUGGGUGCCAAUGCUUUAGCUAAAGGGCUUGAGGGUAACAAGUCUUUACGGGAACUUCAUUUGCAUGGGAACUCUAUUGGAGACGAAGGAACUCGUGCUUUGAUGGCUGGUCUAUCUUCCCACAAAGGGAAACUGGCUUUGCUAGAUCUCGGAAACAACUCCAUCUCCGCAAAGGGUGCCUUCUAUGUAGCAGAAUACAUCAAGAGAAGCAAGAGCUUGGUUUGGCUGAACCUGUACAUGAAUGAUAUAGGUGAUGAGGGAGCUGAAAAGAUUGCAGAUGCUCUGAAGCAAAACCGUUCAAUUGCAACCAUUGACCUGGGUGGAAAUAACAUCCAUGCGGAGGGAGUUAAUGCUAUAGCUCAAGCUCUGAAAGAUAAUGCAAUUAUUACGACGUUAGAGGUUGGUUAUAAUCCCAUAGGACCAGAUGGAGCUAAAGCAUUAUCUGAAAUUCUCAAGUUCCAUGGAAAUGUAAAGACGCUCAAACUUGGUUGGUGCCAGAUAGCUGCUAAGGGUGCUGAACAUGUUGCAGACAUGUUGAGAUAUAACAACACAAUCUCGGUUUUGGACUUGCGGGCAAAUGGACUUAGAGAUGAGGGAGCUUCCUGCUUAGCUCGGAGCUUGAAAGUAGUUAAUGAAGCUCUGACAUCUGUGGAUCUAGGAUUCAAUGAAAUACGGGAUGAUGGGGCAUUCGCCAUUGCUCAAGCAUUAAAGGCCAAUGAAGAUGUCACAGUUACAUCGAUAAACCUUGGGAACAACUUCAUCACCAAGUUUGGACAGAGUGCGCUCACGGAUGCUAGAGAUCAUGUUCUUGAGAUGACUGAAAAAGAACGAGGGAGAAACCGGUCGCCGUCUCCGGACCCGGAAGGGAUGUUCGCCGGAAUGGUAGUUUUUAUGGUUGAAAUCGGAGUCCAGCGUCGUCGAUUUCAGAUUUGGAAGCAGAAGCUGGUUCAAAUGGGUGCAGUGAUCGAAGAAGAUCGGGUAACGAAGAAAGUCACUCAUGUUCUUGCCAUGAAUCUCGAAGCUCUUCUCGACAAAUUUGGGAAAGAACGUCUCUUGCAUUUUAAAGGACGCCUUAUGCUUUACCAGUGGUUAGAAGAUAGCCUAACUUCUGGAGAGAAGGCUAAUGAAGACUUGUAUGUUCUCAAUAUUGACUCAGAAGAAGUUGAUGAGCCGAACAAGUCUUUGCCUGCACUAAGUGCUGGUGAGGAUCAACCGUCAACUCCAAAACGAACUAAAUAUUCCCCUGAUGCUGGUGAAUUCAAAGGCUUAGAAAGCCAAAGCAAUACACAAGGAUCACCGGAUUCUCCAACAAGCUGCAGCGUUCCCUCUACUAGUGCCAGUCCUGGAGAAGGAAUUGCAGAGGCUCCCACUAGUCCACAAUCAGAGUCCACAUCGGUGUACAAACCACCCGAUUUGAACAGAAAUAUCACUGAGAUAUUUGGAAAGCUAAUUAACAUAUAUAGAGCUUUGGGUGAAGAUAGACGGUCCUUUAGCUAUUACAAAGCUAUCCCCGUCAUUGAAAAGUUCCCCACUAGGAUUGAAAGCGUUGAUCAGCUCAAACACCUCCCUGGAAUUGGGAAGGCAAUGAGAGAUCAUAUUCAAGAGAUUGUGACAACAGGGAAGUUGUCCAAGCUUGAACAUUUUGAAACAGAUGAGAAGGUUCGUACAAUCAGUUUGUUCGGGGAAGUUUGGGGUAUCGGUCCUGCGACUGCACUCAAGCUAUAUGAGAAAGGACAUCGCACACUAGAAGACUUGAAGAACGAGGAUUCACUAACACAUGCACAAAGGUUGGGGUUGAAAUAUUUUGAUGAUAUCAGAACAAGAAUUCCACGUCACGAGGUGCAAGAGAUGGAACAACUUCUACAGAGAGUCGGCGAGGAAACUUUGCCUGGUGUGAAUAUUGUAUGUGGAGGAUCAUAUAGACGUGGGAAAGCUACUUGUGGAGAUCUAGAUAUAGUUAUCACACAUCCUGAUGGACAAAGUCACAAGGGAUUUUUGACAAAGUUUGUAAAGCGUUUAAAAGAAAUGAACUUUUUAAGAGAAGAUCUCAUCUUCAGCACCCACAGUGAAGAGGGUACUGAUUCAGGCGUUGACACUUAUUUUGGCCUGUGCACUUAUCCUGGUCAGGAGCUACGGCGCCGUAUCGAUUUUAAGGUCUAUCCAAGGGAUAUCUAUGCAUUUGGACUCAUAGCCUGGACAGGGAACGACGUGUUGAACAGAAGGCUGAGAUUGCUAGCAGAAUCCAAAGGGUAUCGACUUGACGACACUGGACUAUUCCCAGCUACGCAAAGUUCUAGUGGUAACCGGGGUGCUAGAGGAACUGCAAGUCUGAAACUCUCAACGGAGAAACAAGUUUUCGAUUUCUUAGGAUUUCCUUGGCUCGAGCCACACGAGAGGAAUCUCUAAGGCAUCACCAAAGGAGAAAGGAACAAAUCUUUUUUUGUUUGCUCGUUUUGAAUAGGUUCUGUAACUAAUCGGUAAUUUUUGUAGUUGCAUCUCUCCCUAGACAACUGAAUUAGAUGUUAUGAUGUACUGCAAUGUACUGUAUUAG